CGGCGCCCUCAUGGCCGCGGCCAAGGCAGAGAUGCAGCUCCUGCCCCCGCUGCAGAUCUCCGACCCCUUCGGCGCCUUCCCACACUCGCCCCCCGCCAUGGACACUCACUACCCCAAGCUGGAGGAGAUGAUGCUGCUGGGUGGCGGGGGCCCGCAGUUCCUCGCCCCCCCCGGGGCGCCCGAGAGCGCGGGCUUCGGCGCCGCCGGGGAGCCCGGGGAGCAGCACUUCGAGCACCUCGCGGCAG